AUGCCAACUGUUGAAAAUCUGAGUGGUGAACAAAACUUCGUUGCAUGUUGGAUGCCCGAUAGUUCCCGUGCUGGAGUCUUACUGGAUCCUAGUUUUACUGGUUUGAAAAUCAAUAAGGAAAAUUUGUUAUCUGGACCUGAAAACAUCACAGCUUUCCCUGAGAAAGUGUUGCAUCUUUCAGACAGCUGUUCUGUAAGCGAUGACUCCCUGUGUGAAGAGUCUGGCAGCUCUCAUACAUUCCAGCAGUGCACCACUGGAACAUCUUUUCCAGCAGCAGCAUGUAGUGCAGAGAGCUCUAAACCAGACUUUGUCCGUGGUGAAGUGGAUGGUCAGAAAAAAUCCACUCAGAGCGAUCCACUCUUACAAAAGCUCGAACAGCUGAAGGAAUUGCAACAACAGAAACAGGAACAGCUAAAGAAACAACAGAUGGAGCAACUUCAAAGGCUAAUGGAAGAGCAGCAGAAGCUACUUAGCAUGGUAUCUAGCCAGAGAGCAGCUUUUGGCUAUACUCCAACGGCUGAAAGUCAAAAGCUAAGACCUGGGCACUCAGGCUUAGCAACUUUAUACCAGCUGCCAUCACCUGGAUAUCAGAGUAUCUCUGAAGACAGAGCUCAUGCUCUGAUUGUUGCUUCAUAUACACAAGACAAUGAUUCUUUCCAAAAGCUGAACAACAAAGAAUGCACAUCGUCUUUGAAGAACAGUCUUUCACAAGUGUCUGCCUGUGAGAAACAAGGAAGAAACAUGUGGUGUCCAGAAAAAAAGAUGGAAUCAUUAAUGGAGAGUGAAGACAAUCAUGUGGAUCCUUUACAUGUGGGAAGAGCAGAUCUCUCUGGAAAUUCCAGUGGAGGUGAACAUUUGCAGACUAAUACAGAGGAAAGGCCUAUUAAAGCUGCAAUUCAAGAGAAGAAACAGACAUUUGAAGAAUUCUUGGAAGAACAGAUACAACUAGAGAAGCAGCGUCUGGAGCAAACCCAGAAGUUACAGGAGACAAAUGGAUCAGCUGUUCAAAAACCAGUGAUCAAACGACCGUUCCUGAAAAGAGGAGAAGGCUUAACAAGAUUCACUAAUGCCAAAUCUAAAAUUACAAAACACAGAGAAAGCACCCCAAAACUUCAACAAAGGGCUUCAGAUGAGAAGAAUGUUAUUAGAGUGGACAGAUCACAAAUACAGAAGAAAACUACACCUCCUGGCAAAGAACUGGUUUCUGAAAAUCCUUUUGCACCAUGUCAAAAAUAUAACCACUCCAGUAAAGCAAAACGUCCUGUUCAGAAGACAGUGGUACUUGGGAAUCACAAUAGAGAAAAUAUCUUGCCAUUAGAAACAAGAAUGCAAUCAGGAAAAAGUCACUAUGGACAGAUGAGAGAUUCUCACCCAUCAGAAAUUAACAACAAACCAGAAAAUAAAGAGAACAGUACAGAAUUUGCUAAGUCUAACACUGGCAAAAUCAGAAGCAAAUUACCUGGCACAGAGAAGUCUCAGUUGUCUCGAGAGCUGGCCAGUGCCUUUUCUAAUUCUGAGUGUUCUGUAGGUCACCCUGUAAAAAAUUCAGAACUGUCUUUUGAAAUUUCGUUUCAGAAUAAGAUGGAGAACUGGGAAAAAGAAAGAGAAAAAGAGAAUCUAGAAUUAGAUGAAUUUUUGUUUCUAGAACAAGCUGCAGAUGAAAUAUCUUUCUCAAGUAAUUCCUCGUUUGUGCAAAGGAUCUUGGAUCGAGAUCAGCAAGCUUUAAAAGGCCGUAGAAUGUCUUCUACCCCCAUCAAGGCAAAACAGCAGCAAGCAAAGGCACUGGCUGCUGAACAUACAAAUGAGAAAAAUAAAAGGACAGGCUGCAUGGCAGGGGAAAAUAUCAGUGAUAGUCUAGCUAUGCAUGCAGUCUCAAAUCCAGGAACAGCUUUUAGAAUGAAGGAUCCAUUGAGUAAAACAGACAGUGUAGUAUGUUCAGCUGCUUCCGUGAAAGCAGCUCCUGCUUUAAAAAGUAAUCCUUGGAUUGUAGGUGAAGGUAAGGGUGAGAGCAAUGGUCAUACUACUACAGAUUCUGAGAGUGAAUUUGGGACCACAUUGAAGCAUGACAACAAAGAUGCUAAGACAUCCUUUGUGAGCCAUAGAGAAAGUGAUUCAGAAUUUUUUGAUGAUGGAAGUUCUGUUACAGACAUCAGCAAAGAAAGCAAAAAUGGAGACGCUGAUCUUGGCUUGUCAGACCAAGAUUGCAGUGCACUGUCAAAGCAAAAGAUUAGAAAAGCCACAGAUGAUCACAGAAACAUGUGUAAAAGUAGGAGUCAGUUUGAGUUUGAUGAUGACAGAACAUGGAGUGAUCUUGAUGAAAAUUAUGUUAGCAGUGAUUUACCUGAAAUAUAUCCUAAAAUACCUUUACAGAUGGACUUUUCUGGUAAGAAUGAUACAACUGUCCCAGAUAAAGCAAUAAAGAGAAAAGUUGCCUCAAAGAAAGCAGAUGAAAUGUCCAAAGAGUCUGCAGUGGACAGCAAUUCAAAUGCACCUCCUGUAUCAAACCUGAUGAUGAAACUGUUUCCUUCGCUGAAACCGAAGCAGAAGGCAGGCUGUCCUUCAGAGUGUGAAACCAAAUCGAACGUGGAGCAGGAGCCAGGAGGAAACACUGUUCCAUCCCAGCUACUGAGAGAGAAACUCACUGAAUUGGAAUCUGAAAUAGAGAGAUUCCGAGCUGAAAACACGAGUCUGAGGAAACUCCGUGAGGAAAGAGAGCAUGCCUUGGCAAAUAUCAGGAAAGAAAUUGCAGACUUUGAACAGCAGAAAGCCCAAGAACUGGCUGAAAUAGAAGAAUACAAAAAAAAGGAAAUGAAAAAACUGCAAAAGGAGCGUAAAGUUUUUGAAAAAUAUACCGCAGAAGCUAGAGCAAUUCCAGAUAAAAAAGAACGUGAUGAAAUUCAGGCUUUAAAACAGCAGAUUGCAGAGUUACAGGAAGAUUUAAAACGAAAAGAAGCAAAAUGGUCAACCACCCAUCGACGCCUGAAAGAUCAAAUAGAAGCUUUAGUAAAUGAGAAUCUGGAGCUAAAAGAAGAAGUUAAAAUUAUGGAGAAGUUUCGUGUAGAAGCCUGGAAGAAAAUAGCAGCUGCUGGAAGCAAGAGGAAAACAGAAAAUUCUGGGGUGAGUCUAAAAAGAGCAGAAUCUUGUCUACCAAAGAGAGGCCUAAAAAGUCAAUCUGCAUCUCCUCUUCCUCCAGUACAGAAGUGCAGCAGGAUAAAUAGCAAAAGUUAUUCACAGGCAAAAGGAAAGACUUCUGCAACACCUGCACCAGGACCUGCUAAUGACAAAAGCAACACUGAGACAAUGACAGCACUAGAAGAUUCUUCUAAGAUGUUUAUGGUAGACACCUCUCCUAAUGAAGCUCAUGUGUCACUACCAUCUGGCACUGCAUAUGCAGGCAGUGAAGAUAUACAGAGAGAAACUGCUUAUCCUGAUGGAAAGGUUGAGAAGGUUCUGAAAAAUGGCUGUCAACUCAUAUUUUUCCCAAAUGGGACAUGGAAAAAAGUGGGCUCUGAUGGGAAGACCGUAACUAUCACCUUCUUCAAUGGGGACGUGAAGCAGGUUAUGCCUGAUCAAACAGUGAUUUACUAUUAUGCUGAAGCUAAGACCACACAUACCACAUACUCUGAUGGCUUAGAGGUCUUGCAGUUUUCAAAUGGACAAAUAGAGAAGCAUUAUCCUGAUGGCAAGAAAGAAAUUACCUUCCCUGAUCAAACUAUUAAAAAUUUAUUUAUGGAUGGACAAGAAGAAAGUAUCUUCCCAGAUGGCACUAUUGUUCGUGUCCAGCGAGAUGGAAGCAAAACUAUAGAGUUCAAUAAUGGCCAGAGAGAACUACACACAUCCCAGUUCAAGAGACGGGAGUAUCCAGAUGGUACUGUCAAGACUGUGUACAUGAAUGGACAGCAGGAAACCAAGUAUGUCUCUGGGAGAGUCCGAGUAAAGGACAAGGAUGGUAAUAUUAUCAUGGACACUAAGUUGUAG